CAAAAAAAAAGCCACUAAGCAUAUCACUGUAGAUCUGUGUGACUGUAGUUGGUUUAUUUGUAUUAUUGAAACAUGAAGGGAAAAGAGGGUGGUAAGAGGGCCGUUGGGGUGUUGGUUCUGUUCUUGAUGAGCAUCAUACUGAUGCUGAUGAUUUGCAUGGUUGAGGGUGCUGUUGUAUCAGAUGAGAAUGAGUACGCAUGUAAAUUAUUAGAUAUUAGAAUGCGAAGUAAGCAUGAAAUGAAGAAAAUGAUUAGAGCUAAUAGGGUUCUUAAUAGAUUGAUUAAAAACAUUCACUCGGGAAGUAAGAAUACCUUGUUGAAGAAUCAGUACGCUUUAGAUUUACAACAAUUGAAGGAUGACAUUAAAAAGGAAAAGAAAUGGCUUGGUAUGUCAAAAAGGGAGCUUUCUCAAAUGUGUAAUUUAUGGACUACCAACAAAAAGCAAAAUACUGAAAUUAAGCAGGAUGCUAGUUUGAAAUCUGAACCAAUUCCAGAGAAACCUUCAGAAAAAUCAAUUGAAAAUGAAUCAAAGUCAUCUGAACCAACUUCUGAACCUCUUCCAAAGGAAGAAUCUGAAAAAUCAAAUGAUGGACCUGUUUCAGAACAACAACCUGUUAAGAAUGAAGAGAAUCAAAAUCCUUCAACAGCAUCACAACCAAAGGAAGAAAAAGCAACUGCUGAACCAGAAAUUGCGCUUUCACCUUCACAGGAAACAAGCUCUUCUCAAACAGAACCUCUUCCAAGGGAAAGAGGUUCAGCUACUGACGAUAGUAGUAGUAAUUCCCAGGCCAAUGAGAGUACAGAUUCAGUUAACGAGGAAAAGCAUAUUCCUCCACCAAGAGAAGUUCCACCAGCUCAAUCCUCACAAUCAGAAGAAGAGGUCAGCAAAAAUGUUGACGAAAGUGGAAUGCCUCUUCCUCCAAUGAUUAAUCCAGAGCCUCUUCAACCAAAUAUCAUCAACUUGGGAGAAAAUGAAGCACCAAUUAAUUCCCAGACAAGUGACAGCACAAAUUUAGAGAAAGAGGAUGAAAAGCCUAUUUCUCCACCAGGAGAAGUUCCACAACAAUCAGAAGAGGAGGUCAGCAAAACGGUUGACGAAAGUGGAAUGCCUCUUCCUCCAAACACAAGAAUGGAUACUCUGUCUACUAAACCAAGUGUUUCAAUUGAAUCUCCAACAAAUGACCAAGUUGAAUCUGGAAAUCAAAACAUUAAGGAUACAAGUUCAUUAAAUGCUCCUUCUUACUCAAAUGACGAAGACAAGGGUGAUGAAAACAAAGAUCAAUCAGUAAGUGAUAACAGCGAAGAGUCAAAUGAGUCCAAUAAUCAAGAACGUGAACAAUCCCUCACCAAUGAAUUCGGUCUUGAAGGAGAUGAAAGGUUCAUGGUUCGUAGAGAAAGCGAAAAAGUUGAAUUAUACCAAGAUCAUGAAUCAGAAGUGCCAGAAGUUGACUAUGAUAUCGAUCUUGAAAAUACCAGAGAAGUUAACCAUUGA